AUGCAAGGUUCGAAAUUUGAGCUCGAAAUCAUCUCUACGACCGACAGCACGAGAACCAACCUCACGGGCGCAGGGCGUGUGCUCGGCAGCGCGAUUAGCAGAGGAGGGGAAGCCAUCAUGAAGGUGUUGGCUGGGACGGGGGAGCGUCUCGGACAGGGUCCAACUGCUGCUGUAGCAAACUUCCUUCGCAAAUUGCUCGUCCGCUUCAUCAAUUCCUACGCUGGUAUUCUCAUCUCCUAUUCGACGCGCGCUAAGCUCACCUCGGAGAAUAUGGAUUGCAAAGCCAACGCAGACUCGUUUCUGAAAUACCUUCGAGACUGGCGGCGACCACAAUGUUCGAAAAUCCUGGACUAUAUGCAAAAGAUGUCUUGUCCUCAUUGCCUCCCUCACCUGCUGUUUGCCCUAUUUGGCUCGUCCGCAGGCGAUGGCCUCUACUAUAACAGUUUGGACACUGUUAACCUCAGACAACUGUUUUGGGAAUUGUGCAAGAAACUCUCUGAAACCGUACGAGAUGAUCACCCGUGGAAUGCAGCUGUUGCCACAUGCUACCUUGUCGCGUUCAUCAAGCUAUUAGGAGAGCCAUGCCGUCUUCGUCUUGUCUCCUUCCACAAACUCGACGUCAGUUUGGAAGCAAGGUUUGGUUCCUUGGAUUUACUCGCCGCAGACAGUCCAUCGCUUGUGGAGGCUCUCAACGAACUCCGGAUUCAACUGCAAGAGCCUAUGGCGUUUUCGUUUUCUCGCGACACCGCAGAUUUCCUAGCUUCGCUUCCGUUGGAUAGCCGAUUCGCUAUCUUCCCCCUUUCACCGAUUCUGUACAUUCGCGCAGCUGAAGUGGAGGCUAAUAUAUGGUCAUUAUAUAAUAUGGUGCUGUUCCUACUUUUCCCUGCGGACGUCACAAUGCCCAGUCAUGUCGUCCUGGGUGCCUUGAUCGAGAUUUGGUAUCAAGCUAGUCGAUCAUCAGUGGCGCUCCCCGAGCGCGCCUUCGACGGGGUCGAAUCGACCUACUAUUGCAAUGCUCCUGAAGUUAUUUGGGAUAACGAGCCAUCGACUGUUCGCCGUGCGGAGACCUUCUAUUGUGCCAUUCUUACAUGGCGCGGGUCCGUCCAUUCUCAUGCUGAGAGCAUCGAUGUCAAUUACGUCGACGCCGAUGGCCCACAGAAGCUAUUUAUGACAGCAGCUCCUCGAACGCAGAACGGAAACAUGCUGGCAUGGAUAACACGACAUCAGACAGCAUCGGUAUAUCAGCAAUUGCACGAAGUCGCCCAAUCCAUUCAAUCCUUGCAUUCGCAGGGUGUUAUUCACAAGAACUUCCGUUGUUGCGGAAUCCUAUUGGACGCCCAAGGACAUAUAAAACUGGAUAGUGCAUGGUCAUCGACAUAUAUGCAGGACGGUUCGCUCUCGAAUAUGGAUUGCAUCGCAUCUCCCUUAGAGCCUUGGAGCCCCGCGACCGACGCAUGGCUCUUUGGUUGUGCAUGCUUCGAGGCGCUGAUUAUGUGGAGGCGCUCCGUCCCCAAGCUUACUAUGGACGAGUUGCGUGAUCUGAUCGACGACGGCAUACGACCGAUGCGGUUGCCGCACAUAGCAGACGACACGUGGAAGCUGUUGCAUCGGUGUUGGGAAAUCGAUCCUACUGAACGCCCGAGUUUCAAGAAUAUUGUGGCUGAGCUGAACCAUUUGAGCACAAACCUGGCUCCAAGGAAGACACGGGUACACAAACGGUCAGUGCUUGCCUAAAGCACCUUCAAUAUGUGUUAGACCAGUGUCUGUCGUGUGUCCGU